UUUCUCCUGCUUGAUUUGAAGCCACUAGAAUUUAUGCGUAUAAAUACGUCAGAAACAGUGGUGCAUAAGACGUAUAUAUACGACUGAAACAGUCAAAGGGUUAAACAAAAUAAUAUUUUUACAUGAAAUAUACAUUUCCCUACACAGAAAACAAUGAUACAUGCACAAUAAACAAUACUGAAAUGACGCUUACCUUUAUUGUGGACUUGAUGAGUGAUGAGGCGGAGGAGGGGAGAAGAUGAAGGUGUUCUAUUGUUUGGAAAGGGAAUCCCUUUCCAUAAAGGCUUCAGGUACCAAGUCCUUUUCUGGGGUUACUUCCCUUCUUUGUUUUUUAAUGCCACUGUGACCAGCUUGAGAGUCACUGGACCACCCUUUACCACCAUCACAACCACUACCACCCUCUAUCACCAUCACAUCCACUACCACCCUCUACCACCAUCACUACCACUCUCUACCACCAUCACUACCACCCUCUACCACCAUCACUACCACCCUCUACCACCAUCACAACCACUAGCACCAUCACUACCACUCUCUACUACCAUCACAACCACUCUCUGCUACCAUCACAACCACUACCACCGUCACAACCGCUACCACCCUCUACCACCAUCACAACUACCACGUUCUACCACCAUCACUACCACCCUCUACCACCAUCACUACCACCCUCUACUACCAUCACAACCACUACCAGCCACUACUACCUUCACAACCACAACCACCCUCUACCACCAUCACUACCACCCUCUACCACCACCACAACUACUACCACCCUCUACUACCAUCACUACCACCCUCUACCACCACCAUUUUCGUAUUUUCUACAGACUUUUUCUUGAAUUCUAUCGUGUUUCUCACAUCCUUCACGAAAGAGCUAGCACAAGAAGCUUUCUUUGGGCCCAUGGUGGCUUAUUUAGCAGUUACAAGCACUAAAAAUUAGAAUAAUACAAAAUAUAUCGCAUGUACCGUGGCAUCAUCCUCAAUGACUUGUAAACAAUGGCACAUUCGCUGUACACGCAGUUAUGGAAUGGCCGGGCCCACUCAGGCUGCACGGACACGUUCGGGACGAAAGCCCUUAACCGAGUUAUUUGGCGUUAGCUGAGCCAAUAUUUUUUUGCGAAAGCGAGCUGUUAUCCGAUUUUGGCGCUAACCGAUGAUGCCUUUACCCAAGGGUCCACUGUAUUUUGCAACACAGAGACACUUCGGGGGUCUCGACAGUCAAAAGGAUGAACUCCCUGCAUGUCUGCUACACUCCCUGCAUGUCCCAAAGUGUUCAAGAAAGUCAAUGUCCCUUCUCAUCACUCAUCAACAUGUCCACAAUGAAGGUCAUCUUGAUAGCAGAGGAUGACACUUGUAGUGUCAGCACUGCAGAUCAUCCUGGUACAUGGUGGUACUUGUAGUGUCAGUACUGUAGGUCAUUCUGGUACAAGAAGGUGGGACUUGUAGUGUCAGUACUGCAGGUCAUCCUGGUACAAGAAGGUGGCACUUGUAGUGUCAAUACUGCAGGUCAUCCUGGUACAAGAAGGUGGCUCUUGUAGUGUCAAUACUGCAGGUCAUCCUGGUACAAGAAGGUGGUACUUGUAUUGUCAAUACUGCAGGUCUUCCUGGUACAAGAAGGUGGUACUUGUAGUGUCAGUACUGCAGGUCAUCCUGGUACAAGGUGGUGAUACUUGUAGUACCAACAUCAGUGUCAGAAACUUCUUUAAGUUCUGUAAAUAUUAUAAUGUAUAUAUAGUGACAACACUAACUACAGUGUUAAUACAGUGACAACACUAACUACAGUGUAAAUAAUAGUGACAAUGCUACAGUGUUAAUACAAUGACACUAACUAGUGUUAAUGUGGUGACAACACUAAUUACAGUAUAUAUACAGUGAGAACACUGUAACUACAGUGUAGUACAACAACAAAGUGCCAACAACAGUGUCAUAAGGUUAAUGUGUCAUAAACAUCUGCUAAUGGCAUGCUAUUCCUCAGACACACUUACCCGUACACAUUUAGUGCUUGCUCUAUUUGUCAUAGAUUAAUACAAAAAUAUUAGUUUUUUGUGUAAUAAAAAAUUCUCAAAUCUCCACCGGUUAAACGAUUUAUAUAUGUGAUAACUUAUUGUUCACUGUGUCUAAAAUACUUGAAAAACAGUGUGUUGAGGCAACACAAUGUACAGUUGUUCAUGUAGGAGACCAAUUAUAUCAACAUUCACACUCACUCAAACAAUCUUCACAACAAUCUCAGUGUGGAUAUCAGACCAGGUUUAUCAUGGGCAAAAAAACAGUUCAGUGUUCAAUGUGUCUGAAAGAGUUUUCUGAAAAAUAUAAUUUAGUCAUUCACAUGAGAACUCAUACUGGAGAGAAUCCAUAUCAAUGUUCAGAAUGUCUAAAAAACUUUUCUGGAAAAUCAAUCUUAGUACGUCACAUGAGAACUCAUACUGGAGAGAAGCCAUAUCAGUGUUCAGAAUGCCUGAAAAACUUUUCUCUAAAAUUAAGUUUAGUAAGUCACAUGAGAACUCAUACUGGAGAGAAGCCAUUUCAGUGUUCAGAAUGUCUGAAAAACUUUUCUGGGAAAUCAAACUUAGUAAGACACAUGAGAACUCAUACUGGAGAGAAGCCAUAUCAGUGUUCAAAAUGUCUGAAAAACUUCUCUGGAAAAUCAAACUUAGUACUUCACAUGAGAACUCAUACUGGAGAGAAGCCAUAUCAGUGUUCAGAAUGUUUAAAAGACUUUUCUAGUAAUUCACAGUUAGUAAAACACAUGAAAACUCAUACUGGGAAGAGGCCAUAUCAGUGUUCAAACUGUAUGAAAUACUUUUCUGAAAGAUUACAUUUAGAAAGUCACAUGAGAACUCAUACUGGAGAGAAGCCAUAUCACUGUUCAGAAUGUCUGAAAGACUUUUCUCAAAAAUCAAGCUUAGUAUGUCACAUGAGAACUCAUACUGGAGAGAAGCCAUAUCAGUGUUCAGAAUGUCUGAAUCACUUUUCUCUAAAAUCAAGUUUAGUAACUCACAUGAGAACUCAUACUGGAGAGAAGCCAUAUCAGUGUUCAGAAUGUCUGAAAGAUUUUUCUAGAAAAUCACAGUUAGUAAGUCACAUGAGAACUCACACGGGAGAGAAGCCAUAUCACUGUUCAGAAUGUCGGAAAGAUUUUUCUAGAAAAUCACAGUUAGUAAGUCACAUGAGAACUCAUACUGGAGAGAAGCCAUAUCACUGUUCAGAAUGUCAGAAAGAUUUUUCUAGAAAUUCACAUUUAGUAAGACAUAUGAAAACUCACACUGGGAAGAGACCAUAUCAGUGUUCAAAAUGUCUGAGAGACUUUUCUAUAAGAUUACAUUUAGAAAGCCACUUGAGAAGUCAUAAUAGAGAGAAAGUUUUGCCAGAGGUGGUGUCAUGUGUCAUGCGCUAAUAUUUGUUCCUCUUCAAAAACUUAUAUUAACCCGUAAACGGUCCAAACGUAUAUAUACGUUUUUUCAACAUUUGAAAGUAUGUAAAAAAAGUAGAUCUUCUUGUUUUUUUACAUUUGAAAAUGUGUAAAAAAACUUUGAUCUACUUUUUUUUUUGUUACAUUUGAAAAUGUGUAAAAAAACUUCGAUCUACUUUUUUUUUUUGUUAUAUUUGAAAAUAUGUAAAAAAAAAGUAGAUCUACUUUUGUAGCAGUACACAUGUCAACGUAGAUCUGCUUGGACCAUUUACGGGUUAAAGUAGGGAAGUAACUUUGGGUCUUCCUGACAGAAGUUAGUGGGAGUAUACUACAUAAUAAACAACAGAAACACAAAAACACCCUUUUUGGAGAAAUUUUAGACCGUAGUAUCAGCAAGGUCCUUGUGGUUUAGCACUUCUUUUUGAUUGUAAUAUAAUAAUCAGCAAGGCAACACCUAUGCCACGUUGGAUAAAUAUUUCAUUUAACCCUUUCAGAGUCGAGACCCUCGAUCCUUAACUCCCACUCAGGGUCAAAAAAUAUUCGAAAAAAAAAAAUUCUUAUGAAAUGAUAGAUUUUUUUUGUGACUGUUAUAGGCCCAAAAAAAUUGCAAUCAAUAUUUACCGAGGUAUGGAGGCGUGAAGUUGACAGAAAUUGAAUCGCUUACGGCAACAUCGCUGACUGCCAGUCACCCGGUAAUAGUUUUUUUUUUUUUCUAUUUUUUCUUUUAUUUUUUAAUGUUUUAUUUUUUCAAAUAACUUUUAUGGCCUGUGAGAC